AUUUAUUUCUGUCAUGCCUUUCCUAUUUUACUUUGGCUGCAUUUGCAGAUGAACUACAUGUCCCUAAAGCAGUGGGUGGCCCGCCACCCAUACACACCAAUUCAGCAGCAGUGGCUAGACUCCAUUGUUUCCCGAGUCCCAUCUAAACUUAAAGACAGCCCUGAGAAAAUUAAGCUGCUACAGGAGCUCUGCAUGGAAGUACGCAACGACUUUGACAACGUCAUUAUCAAGCACACAGUGGACACAGUACUAAAGGAUCCACAGAUAGAAGAAACCAUCUCAGAAAAACAGACAGUUCCCCAGCAAAAAAUUCUUGAUAUCGCUGAACCUUGGCAUGAUAGCUUUAUCAGAAACCGCAAGACUAUAAAAUCAAAUUUGCUCAUUCUUCAUCCGGUGAUGCAGACUGUCUUGGAUAUUGGCUACUUGACAUUUUCUCCACUGGUCCUGGUUGAUCUUACAGGACUGAGGGCUUCACGCCCCUUGGAUUGUAAGAGCAUACAGAACAAGAUGGCUGUUGAGUGUAAGAGGACAGAAGAUCAUAUCAUGAAUACCUGGUUUCCGGAAGUCACCAAAUUACUAACUAGUGAACAGAUACUGGAAGGUGUUAAAAAGGCGAAACAGGACUCCUUCUAUAACUGUGCAUCCACCCUCAUCUCCAAUCAAUUAAAAUCCUUUCUUCAGAGAAGCGUAGAGGAGUUUGUCAGUUUGUUUGAUCCAAGCGAUCAUCACUGUUUGCCCGUUUUCCGUAUGGCCUUGACAUUUGAUGAUGAAAAGAUGGAAAUUUAUCCUACUGUACAAGAUCUGGAAGCCGCUGUGUUUGGGAUUCUUAAUGCCAUCACAAAUACAUUGCAGAGAGUUCAGACGGCUCAGUCAUGGCGGACAAAAGCCACAUCUUUCUUUGUGGAUGCUAGGGUGCCUGAUCACGUCCUUGCUUGGGCUGAGGUCACUGUAAAGACUGCUCUGGAGAAGAAUCUAGAGGAACCCAGCAAACAUUUCCAGAGUUAUGUUAACAGCUAUGACUGGCUAGUCAAUGGAACUGCGCAGGCCAGAGUGGACAGAUUCAUUGAAGAGGAGCACUCUUUUGAUGAGUACACUAAGCAAGUGGAGGAGUUUCGUGCUCUGUCAAAGGAGAUUAUCAGCCUCCCAGCAAAAGCCCGCUUCACAAUGGUCCAUCUGGACUGUGAAGAACUAAAACAAGGGCUGUCCAACAAAGCCGAAAACUAUGCUGAAAUACUGCUGAAGAAACUGAUCUCUAGUCAUCGUGAGCAAAAUCUGCAGAUCUGCUAUGAAUUUAAAACUAUCAGAGAGAGAGCUUUGAAAGUUCCAGAAACUAGAGAGGACAUGACUGAGAUGACUGAAUACAUAAAUUUCAUUAAGACAAAGGGUAUUGCAGAGCUCAAUGAAAAACUAAAGGAAGCCUACUAUAGAAUGAUCUACCUUUUGGAUGCCCACAUCAUUGAGCCAGAGGAUGUGGAGCUUAAUUCAACUGUCUUUCUCUGGCCAAAAACCAUUCGUCAUGUCUUUGAGCUCCAUGAUGAGGUGAUGCAAACGGCCAAGGAGAAAGGAGAGCAGGAGCUGCUUGCUGAAAGAGAAAAAUUAAUGAUAAAGCUGGAGAAGUUGGGACGCAGGAUAAAGGAGUUCUCAUACUGCUCUGAUCCUAAGAUGAUGCCCCAGUAUGUUAUGGAUGUCAGAACAGUUCAGAAACUUCUACAGGAGGCUGAGGAGACUAUCAGCUUCAUUAACAAAGGAGAGGCCUUCUACAACUGGGACCUAACUUGUUUCCCAGAAGUUGAGCUCAUCAAAGAGAACAUUGAGCCAUAUCAGAAGUUGUUUGGACUUGUGCUAAAGUGGCAGCAGACAGAGAACAGGUGGAUGGACGGUUCCUUCGAAGGCCUAGAUGGCGAGAGCAUAGACACAAAAGUGGAUGAGUUCUUUAGGGAGAUCUUCAAGAUGCUGAAGUUUUUCCAACAGAAACAGAUCAAGGCUGAACAAGAGAUGGAGAACAUUCAUGGCAAGUCUAGGAAACAACCUAGUGAGGAUGAUGCAAGAAAGCCAGAAAACCUCACAAUACAUUUGUGUUCCACUGUGAUGGAGCAGAUUAAAGAGUUCAAGAACCAUAUCCCGGUAGUGUCUGUCUUUUGUAACCGGGGCAUCAGAGCUCGCCACUGGGAUCAGAUGUCAGAGAUAGUGGGGUAUAACCUCACUCCUGACUUUGAUACUACACUACGUAAAAUUCUCCAACAAAACCUGACUCCUUACCUGGAACAGUUUGAGUCUAUUAGUGCUGCUGCUAGUAAAGAGUUGUCACUGGAGAAGGCUAUGCAAGACAUGGUACAUGAUUUGGAUGGUGCUUCUUUCAAUCACCAGCUUUACAGGGAGACUGGAGUAUUCAUCCUGACUGCCUUGGAUGAGGUUCAGACAAUGCUGGAUGACCAGAUUGUGAAGACUCAGACUAUGAGGGGAUCACCAUUCAUUAAACCCUUUGAAAAUGAGAUCAAGCUGUGGGAGAAGCGUCUGCUUCAUAUCCAGGAAAUCAUAGAUGAGUGGCUGAAAGUGCAGGGCCAGUGGCUUUACCUGGAGCCCAUUUUCUCUUCUCAAGACAUCAUGCAGCAGGUUCCUGAAGAGGGGCAACUUUUCCAGAUUGUUGACAAAAACUGGAAAGAGAUCAUGAGACACUGCGUUAAGGACCCUAAGGUUCUGCCAGCAACCUCGUUUCCUAGUUUGCUAGAGAAAUUGCAAAAUGCCAACAGCCUCCUCGAUAGCAUUAUGAAAGGACUGAAUACCUAUCUGGAGAAGAAACGUCUAUUUUUUCCACGGUUCUUCUUUUUGUCCAAUGAAGAAAUGCUGGAGAUUCUGUGUGAGACCAAGGACCCACUACGAGUGCAGCCUCAUUUAAAAAAAUGCUUUGAGGGUAUUUCUAAACUGGACUUCCUGCCAAAUCUGGAUAUCCAGGCCAUGUAUAGCAGUGAAGGGGAGCGUGUCCAACUAAUCCAGCAUAUCUCCACAUCUGAGGCCAAAGGAGCUGUGGAGAAGUGGCUGGUGCAGGUGGAGGAUGUGAUGCUUUGCAGUGUCAGAGAUGUAAUCGCCCAAUCAAGGGUGGCCUAUGCUGAAACAGCACGGAGUCAGUGGAUCAUGGAGUGGCCUGGGCAGGUGGUGCUUUGUACCUCACAGAUUUUCUGGACCUUGGAGGUUCAUGAUGCCAUCAGAGCAGGGGCUGAUGGUUUGAAGAACUACUAUCAGCAACUCCAAAGUCAGCUGAAUGAUAUUGUGGAGUUGGUGAGAGGCAAACUGCCCAAACAAACACGGAUCACUUUAGGGGCACUGGUCACAAUUGAUGUCCAUGCAAGGGAUGUGGUCAUGGAGCUUAUUGAGAAAGGGAUAUCACGUGAAACAGACUUCCAGUGGCUAGCCCAGCUUCGUUAUUACUGGAGCAAUGACAAUGUUCAUGUUAAAAUAAUAAAUUGUGAUGUUAAGUAUGCCUAUGAGUACCUGGGGAACUCACCACGUCUAGUCAUCACUCCACUGACUGACAGAUGCUAUCGAACUCUGAUCGGUGCAUUCUACCUGAAUUUGGGUGGUGCACCUGAAGGUCCGGCUGGAACAGGAAAGACAGAAACCACCAAAGAUCUAGCUAAAGCUCUAGCGGUGCAAUGUGUGGUCUUCAAUUGUUCUGAUGGACUGGAUUACCUUGCUAUGGGCAAAUUUUUUAAAGGUCUGGCUUCCUCUGGUGCAUGGGCAUGCUUUGAUGAGUUCAACCGUAUUGAGCUGGAGGUGCUGUCUGUAGUAGCCCAGCAGGUACUCUGCAUCCAGAGGGCUAUCGAGCAGAAGUUGGAAUACUUUGAAUUUGAAGGAACAAUGCUCAAACUCAAUCCCAAUUGCUUUGUGUCCAUCACAAUGAACCCUGGCUAUGCGGGACGCUCAGAACUUCCAGACAACCUUAAGGUGUUGUUCCGAACAGUGGCUAUGAUGGUCCCCAACUAUGCACUGAUAGCGGAGAUCUCGCUGUAUUCGUAUGGCUUCCUCAAUGCCAAACCUCUGUCAGUGAAGAUUGUGAUGACCUACAGGCUCUGUUCUGAGCAGCUCUCCUCCCAGUUCCAUUAUGAUUAUGGCAUGAGGGCUGUCAAAGCUGUACUCAUUGCUGCAGGAAACCUCAAGCUCAAGUUUCCUGAUGAGAAUGAGGACAUACUGCUCCUGAGGUCCAUAAAGGACGUUAAUGAGUCCAAGUUUCUCUCCCAUGAUAUUCUGCUAUUCAAUGGAAUCACCAGUGAUUUGUUCCCAGACAUCUCCCUCCCUGAGGCUGACUAUCAGCUGUUUCUAGAGGCUGCUGUAGAAUCCUGUAAAAAGCACAAUGUACAGCCAACAGAAGUCUUCUUACAGAAGAUAAUUCAGACAUAUGAGAUGAUGAUAGUCAGACAUGGGUUCAUGCUUGUGGGAGAAUCCUUUGCUGGGAAGACUAAAGUGCUACACGUUCUUGCUGACACUCUGACUCUUAUGAAUAAGAGAGGGUAUGGUGAGGAGGAGGUCAUUUUCAUGACAUUAAACCCAAAAUCCAUCACCAUGGGACAGCUGUUUGGGCAGUUUGAUCUAGUUUCCCAUGAGUGGACAGCUGGGAUUGUGGCCAACACAUUUCGUGAGUUUGCAUCAGCUGACACACCACACCGUAAAUGGGUGGUGUUUGAUGGUCCCAUAGAUACACUGUGGAUUGAAAGCAUGAACACUGUGCUGGACGACAACAAAAAGUUGUGUCUGAUGAGCGGUGAGAUCAUCCAGAUGUCCAGUCAGAUGAGUCUGAUUUUUGAAGCAAUGGAUCUGUCUCAGGCUUCUCCUGCCACAGUCAGUCGAUGUGGUAUGAUCUACAUGGAACCAUCUCAGUUGGGCUGGAUGCCCUUGGUGAUUUCCUGGAUGAACACGCUCCCUGAUGCUCUGCAGAGCCCAGACAACCGCUCCCUGCUGCUGGAGCUAUUUCAAUGGCUCCUGCCGCCUGCCCUCAAGAUGCUGCGUAAACAAUGUAGAGAAGUUGUUUCCACUAGCAACAGUAACGCUGUGGUGUCCUUGUGUCGACUGUGUGAGAUGCUGCUCACUGAACCUGUAAAUGAGCAUCCUGAGGAUAAAAAUAUUCACACCUGGAUCAUGGCAGCUUUUGCAUUCUCCCUGGUGUGGUCUGUGGGUGGGAGCUGUGAUGCUGACAGCAGAGAGAAAUUUAGUGCAUUUUUCAGAGUGACUGUGUCAGGAAAGACAGAACAUCCAAUCCCUGCCACUGUGGGAAAAUGGGAGUGUCCAAUGGAUGAGAAAGGCCUGGUGUAUGACUAUUUUUAUGAGUUUAAAGGAAAAGGCCGGUGGAUUCACUGGAAUGAUGCCAUCAAGAAUGUUAGCUUGGGGGAUAAAAACACCAAAGUGCAGGACAUCAUUGUACCCACCAUAGACACAGUUCGAUACAGCUACCUCAUGGACCUCUGCAUCAGCUAUGGAGUGCCUCUGCUGUUUGUUGGUCCUACUGGCACUGGGAAAUCAUUGUAUGUGAAGGAGAAACUGAUGAACAAUCUGGACAAAGAUCGGUUUUUACCCUUCUUCAUCAAUUUUUCAGCCCGCACUAGUGCCAACCAAACCCAGAAUAUCAUCAUGUCCAGGUUAGAUAAGAGAAAGAAGGGAACGUUUGGCCCACCCAUGGGAAAGAAGUAUAUCUUCUUUGUAGAUGACAUGAACAUGCCUGCAUUGGAACAGUUUGGAGCACAGCCUCCUGUGGAGCUUCUUCGACAGUACAUAGAUCAUGGAACCUGGUAUGACCUGAAGGAUGCAUCCAGCAUUACUCUUGUUGACCUCCUGCUCAUCUCAGCUAUGGGUCCCCCUGGCGGUGGGAGAAAUGCUGUGACAUCUCGCUUCCUGCGGCACUUCAACAUUGUUAGCAUUAAUGCCUUCAGUGAUGACACCAUGGUUCGCAUCUUCUCCAACGUGGUGGCCUUUUAUCUUAAAAACUCUGACUUCCCACCUGAAUAUUUUACUGUUGGCAACCAAAUAGUCGCAGCUACCAUGGAAGUGUAUAAGAAAGCCAAGAUGAAUCUGCUUCCAUCUCCAGCCAAGUCUCACUACACCUUCAACCUGCGGGACUUCUCACGUGUUAUCCAAGGCUGCUUGCUGGUGAAGAAGCAGUCUCUGAAGAACAAGCACACUAUGAUACGCUUGUUUGUCCACGAGGUCUUCCGUGUCUACUAUGACCGUCUGGUGGAUGACAAAGAUCGAGCAUGGCUCUACCAGCUGAUGAACAGCAUUCUCAAAGAUCACUUCAAAGAGUCUUUUGACCAGGUGUUUGACCACCUGAAACAAGGCAAUAAACUGGUUGAGGAAGAUAUGCAGAAUCUUCUGUUUGGUGACUACAUGAACCCUGACCUAGAGGAUGGUGAGCGCCUGUAUGCUGAGGUGCCCUCAAUGGAAAGCUUUGCUGAGGUGGCGACGUCAUGUCUUGAUGACUACAACCAGAUGCACAAGAACCGCAUGAACCUUGUCAUCUUCCGCUAUGUCCUGGAGCAUCUGUCCCGUAUCAGCCGUGUGUUGAAGCAGCCAGGAGGCAAUUCCCUGCUUGUGGGAGUGGGGGGCAGUGGACGCCAGUCCAUCACCCGUUUGGCCGCAUCCAUGGCCCGCAUGACCAUGUUCCAGCCUGAGAUUUCUAAGAGCUAUGGCAUGACUGAGUGGAGAGAUGACCUCAAGAUGCUGCUGAAAAAUGCUGGGGUGAAGGGUCAAAAGACUGUGUUCUUGCUAACUGAUGUUCAAAUCAAAGACGAGGUUUUUCUAGAAGAUGUGGACAGUAUCCUGAACUCAGGAGAGGUGCCUAACCUGUUUACCAUAGAUGAGAAACAAGAAAUAAUGGAGGCAGUACGCCCCAUUGCCCAGGCGGGUAACAAGAAUUUGGAGUUGAGCCCUUUGACUCUGUUUGCAUUCUUUGUGGCUCGCUGUAGGGAGAACCUGCACAUAGUUGUGGCCUUUAGUCCCAUUGGAGAUGCCUUUCGAAAUCGCCUGCGACAGUUUCCAUCUCUUAUCAACUGCUGUACCAUUGACUGGUUCCAGCCAUGGCCAGAGGAGGCUCUUGAGCAAGUAGCCAACUCCUUCCUGGAGUCACUAGAUAUGAGUGAAAAUGAGAGACAGCAGGUUAUACCCAUCUGCAAAAAAUUCCAUACCUCUUCCAAACAGCUCUCAGAGAGAUUUCUCUCUGAGCUUGGUUGCCAUAACUAUGUGACAUCCACAUCCUAUUUGGAAUUGAUUGCAGCUUUCCGUCUGCUGCUCACUCAGAAAAGAGACACUGUCAUGAAAGCAAAAGAGAGGUAUACCAGUGGCUUGGAUAAACUAGCUUUUGCUGAAUUUCAGGUGGGUGAGAUGAAGAUGGAACAAGCCAAAAUACAGCCCGAACUGGAAGCAGCAAAGACAGAAAACACCAAAAUAAUGGCGGUGGUUGAAGAGCAGUCUUUGAAGAUGGAAGCUAAACGUAAUGUUGUGCGUGCUGAUGAGGAGGCAGCAACUAUAGCAAAUAAUGAGGCUGAGGCUCUGAAGAAGGAGUGUGAGAGUGACUUGGCUGUGUCCAUUCCUGCCUAUUUGGAUGCUAAAUCUGCCUUGGACACUUUGAAACCCCCUGAUAUUACAAUUGUGAAGUCAAUGAAAAAUCCUCCUUCAGGGGUGAAGCUGGUGAUGGCAGCUGUGUGCGUGAUGAAGGACAUAAAGCCCGAUAAAAUAACUGACCCAGCUGGGACUGGAAAAAAGGUUUUGGACUACUGGGGUCCAAGCAAGAAGUUACUGGGCGAUAUGAACUUUUUACAAGAUCUCAAAAAUUAUGACAAGGAAAAUAUUCCUGUCCAUGUCCUGCAAAAAAUUCGUAGUGAGUACAUGACUAAUCAAGACUUUGACCCCAGUAAAGUGGCAAAGGCCUCCUCUGCAGCAGAGGGCCUCUGCAAGUGGAUCAAAGCAUUGGAGUUGUUUGACAGGAUGAACAAGAUUAUGGCUCCUAAGAAGGCCCGUCUUGAAGAAGCCCAGAGGUCCCGAACAGCUGCCAUGGCCGUGCUGGCCCAGAAGAAAGCCGAGUUAAAGGAGGUGGAGGACCAUUACAAUGAACUUCAAAAAACCUUGAAGGAGACGACAGAAAACAAGGUUCAGUUGGAGUUACAGUGGGAAAUGUGUACCAUGAAGUUGGAGAGGGCUGAGAAACUCAUUAAUGGUCUGGGCGGAGAGAAGACCAGAUGGUCUAAGGCAGCAGAUGACCUGCAGAACAUAUAUGACAACCUGACUGGGGAUGUUCUGAUCUCUGCUGGUGUUAUUGCCUACCUUGGAGCUUUCACUUCUGGCUUCAGGGAGGACUGCACCAAAUCAUGGACCAAACUCUGCCAAUCAAGGAACAUUCCAUCUUCAGAUGACUUCUCUCUUAGUAAGACCCUGGGGGAUCCCAUUAACAUCAGGGCAUGGAACAUUGCAGGCCUUCCCAGUGACGCUUUCUCUGUUGACAAUGGGGUCAUAGUCAGCAAUUCCCGUAGAUGGCCCUUGAUGAUUGACCCUCAGGGUCAGGCCAACAAGUGGGUGAAGAAUUUAGAGAAGGACAACAACCUGAGUGUAAUCAAGCUGACCGACGCAGACUACAUGAGAACUUUGGAAAACUGUGUUCAGUUUGGAACACCCUUGUUGCUGGAAAAUGUAGGGGAGGAGCUGGAUCCCUCACUGGAACCACUGUUGCUCAAACAGACCUUCAAACAAAGUGGUGUAGACUGCAUCAGGCUUGGAGAGAGUGUGAUUGAAUACUCUUCUAAUUUCCGUUUCUACAUCACCACUAAGCUGAGGAACCCCCAUUAUCUACCAGAACUGGCCACCAAGGUGUCCCUGCUCAAUUUCAUGAUCACCCCAGAGGGCCUGGAGGACCAGCUGCUGGGGAUUGUGGUUGCCAAGGAGAGGCCAGAACUGGAAGGGGAGAGAAAUGCGCUAAUCCUGCAGUCAGCUGAAAAUAAGAGGCAGUUAAAGGAAAUUGAGGACAAAAUCUUGGAGACACUGCAGUGCUCCAAGGGAAAUAUUUUGGAGGACGAGAGUGCUAUUCAGAUUCUAGACUCUGCGAAGAUCAUGUCCAAUGAGAUUACCGAGAAACAGCAGAUUGCAAAGAAGACAGAGAUCCAGAUAGCAGAGUCUAGAGAGGGGUACAGAGCCAUUGCCAAGCACUCCUCCAUCUUGUUCUUCAGCAUUGCUGAUCUGACCAACAUAGACCCUAUGUACCAGUACUCUCUCAGUUGGUUUGUCAACCUCUACAUUAACUCUAUACUAGACAGUAACAAGUCCAAGAUCCUGGAGAAGAGGCUUCGAUACCUGAUUGAUCACUUCACCUAUAGCCUGUAUUGCAAUGUGUGUCGCUCUCUGUUUGAGAAGGACAAACUUCUCUUCUCCUUCCUCCUCUGCUGCAAGCUGCUCCUAGCAAAACAGGAGAUUGGAUACUCUGACUUCAUGUUCUUGCUUACUGGAGGCGUGGGCCUGCAGAACACCACUGCAAACCCCGACCCCAGAUGGCUACAGGACAAGAGCUGGGAUGAGAUCUGUAGAGCCAGUGAACUGCCUAGCUUACGAGGAAUAAAAGAGGCUUUCAUCAAGUGCCCAGAAGACUUCAAGCCUAUUUAUGACAGCAAUGAGCCAUGCAACAUUUCCCUGCCCAGUCCAUGGUGUGAACAACUCAAUGACCUGCAGAAAAUGAUCCUUAUUCGCUGUCUCAGGCCUGAUAAGAUAGUGCCAGCUGUGAUUGAAUAUGUGACUGGCAAACUGGGGAAGAUGUUUGUACAGCCCCCUCCUUUUGACCUGAGUAAGAGUUACCUGGACUCCAACUCCACCAUCCCACUUGUGUUUGUGCUUUCUCCAGGAGCUGACCCCAUGGCUAGUUUACUGAAGUUUGCCAGUGACAAGAACAUGGACGGUGCCAAGUUCCAGUCCAUCUCUCUUGGUCAGGGCCAGGGCCCCAUUGCUGCUAAAAUGAUAUCCACAGCUAGGCAGGAAGGGACAUGGGUGUGUUUGCAGAACUGUCACCUGGCUGUUUCCUGGAUGCCCACCCUGGAGAAAAUCUGUGAGGAUUUAAGUCCAGCGACAUGCCACCCAGACUUCCGCCUUUGGCUGACAAGCUACCCUUCAUCGAAGUUUCCAGUGACUAUCCUGCAGAAUGGAGUGAAAAUGACAAACGAGCCUCCUACAGGACUCCGUCUCAACUUACUACAGUCUUACUUGUCAGAUCCUGUUUCAGAUCCAAACUUCUUCAAUAACUGUCCAAAUAAGGAGCUGAUUUGGGAAAAGCUCCUGUAUGGAUUGUGCUUCUUCCAUGCUCUUGUUCAGGAAAGAACGAAGUUUGGUCCACUGGGCUGGAAUAUUCCCUAUGGCUUCAAUGAGUCCGACCUCCGCAUAAGCACCCAACAGCUACAGCUGUUUGUGAACGAAUAUGAUGAGGUGCCCUUCGAGGCCAUAACGUAUCUGACUGGAGAGUGUAACUAUGGUGGCCGUGUGACAGAUGACUGGGAUAGGCGGCUCCUGAUGACUAUCUUGGCAGACUUCUACAACAAGAACAUCAUUGAGAAACAUCGCUACCCUUUCUCACCUAGUGGUGACUACUAUACUCCACCUAAAUCUAUCUAUGAGGACUACAUUGAAUUUAUCAAGGAACUUCCAUUCAGCCAACAUCCAGAGGUGUUUGGGUUGCAUGAAAAUGUGGACAUUUCGAAAGAUCUUCAGCAGACAAAGUUACUGUUUGAGUCACUGCUACUCACCCAGGGUGGUGGAGCUAAGGGAGGAGGUAGCUCUGGGAGUGACAACACACUGUACGACAUAGCAAAUGACAUCCUUACCAAGCUUCCGGCUAAUUUUGACACAGAAGCAGCUCUCCUGAAGUUCCCAGUACUCUACAAGGAGAGUAUGAAUACUGUGCUUGUCCAAGAGAUGGAGCGCUACAACACACUGUGUAGUACAAUUCGUAUAAGUCUACAGAGCCUGCUGAAGGCCAUUAAGGGUUUGGUGGUGAUGGAUGCAGAGCUGGAGGCAGUUGCAGGCAGUCUGAUAGUGGGCAAGGUUCCAGAGAAAUGGGCGAAACGCUCCUACCCUAGCCUCAAGCCUUUGGGCAGCUAUAUUACUGACUUUCUCUCAAGGCUGAAGUUUUUGCAGGAAUGGUACAACACCUGUAAGCCCAACGUGUUCUGGCUGUCUGGCUUCUUCUUCACCCAGGCCUUCCUAACUGGGGCUAUGCAGAACUACGCCAGGAAAUACCACAUUCCCAUUGACCUGCUAAGCUUUGAUUUUGAGGUUCUUCCUUUCAAUGAGUCAGAAACAUCACCUGAGGAUGGUGUUUACAUUACUGGAUUGUUUCUGGAUGGAGCUCGAUGGGACAAAAGAAGAGGAGUUCUGGCUGAGCAGUAUCCCAAAGUCUUAUUUGACCCGAUGCCCAUCAUCUGGAUAAAACCCACUCAAAAGAAGAGCAUCAGUCAGUCUCAGAAUCUCUACAUUUGCCCUCUCUACAAGACCAGUGAGAGGAAGGGCACCCUCUCUACCACAGGGCACUCCACUAAUUUUGUCAUUUCCAUGAUGUUGCCCAUUGAAGGGCGCCCUGAACACUGGAUCAAGCGUGGUGUGGCCAUGCUCUGCCAGCUUGAUGACUGAAUUCAGACAACACAGUGUUGAAGGCUGAAGCACUUUACCAUGGCACAUUAAACACUUUAAACAUUAAA